CAAGUGAAAUCCAGUCAAGUCUCAUCUCUCUCUCUUUCUCUCUGUUUUGUCUCAAACCAACAAUAUUGUGAAAACAAAGAUCAGAAACAUUCAUUUUCCUUCUCUUUCUCUCUUUGGUCUAUGCCCAAUCCAACAAUACUUGAUGGAUCUUUCGUAUGAAAAUCUGUCACGUCUAGUCACAACCCAAAAUCUCCUUUCCCGUUUGCAAGAUUUAAACCUUGAUGGAGGAAAUAAAAUUGUUAGUUUUCAAUGGCUUGGGCCACACUUCCUAACUUUUCUCGAAUAUGCAGAACAAGUGUGCUUUAUUCAUAAAGUAAGUAGGAAGAAAUUCUUCAGCAAGACAUUUAAUGAUCUGUUGAAGCAUCUUGAUGAUUCAGCCUCCGACUGCAUCUUAUAUGGAGAGAGUAAACAUUACAAAAACUUUUUAGAGAUCAUCCUCUCUUUCAUGCCGGAGCUUAAAAAGUUCUUCACAAUUCAAAAGCAAGUGUAUGAUCGCGCUAGCAACAUCAACAAUUGUCCAACAGUGACCAGGUUUAUCGACUUUCUUCUUGAAACUAUUGGAAAAUUGCUUAAUUGCCAAAUAUAUUCCAGUGUUCUUGUGAGUAAUCAAGUCAAUGUUCUUCAGAAGGACCUGAAAUUUCUGCUCACUUUUCUUCUUGAUACAAUGCGAUGGAUCAAGAAAAAGCAGGAUAGUGUUUUGUUUAUUGAAAUUGGAUAUGAAUCCAAGAGAGAACGGAUCAAGAAAAUAUUUGAAGAAAAUAUAUUCACAGAAAUUGAAGAUGUAUCUGACAACGUAGGACUUUUCUUGCAUUCAUUCUUUUUCACCACAGACCUUGUCAUUGCGACCAAAAUGGAUCUGGCAAUUUCUCUUCUGUUAGAAAGAAUUGAGAUUGUGAAAGUAAAGAUCAAAGAUUACUGCAUUGCGGUCUCAAUGAAGAUGAAUUGCGGAAUUGGAAACCUAUAAGUUGCAGAAAGUUCAAGUGAAGUAUCAUCAUCCCUAGAUAAAAGCAUUCCCAUGGUAGAAGAGAUGAUUGUAGGCUUCGAAGACAUGGCAACACAAAUUGUGAGCAAGCUUCUUGGAGGACCAAGCUACCGCCAGAUUAUUGCCAUCGUUGGAAUGGGUGGACUUGGCAAGACUACUUUAGCAAAGAAAAUAUACAAUGAUUUCAAUGUUCGUUACUAUUUUGAUAAGCUCUCUUGGUGUGUUGUUUCUCAAACUUAUCAAAAGAGAAAGCUGCUAAUUGACAUUUUGAGUUCCACAAGUGACCUUAGCAGAGGCAAAAUUUUGAAAAUGGAAGAUGAAGAGUUGGCCGAACAUCUUUACAGGACUUUAAUCGGUCGAAGAUACCUCAUUGUUAUAGACGAUCUAUGGGAUAUACAUGCAUGGGAUGAUUUGAAAAGGUACUUUCCAGACAACAAUAUGAACAGAAGCAGAGUAUUGUUUACAAGUCGGCUGAAAAAUAUGGCAUUGGAAAUUUCUCAUAUUAUCAUUGAACCUCCUCUCCUGUCACCAAGUGAAAGUUGGAAUUUAUUAGAGCAGAAACUGUUCAAGAAAGAAAGUUGCCCUCAAGAAUUGCAAGAUAUUGGAAAGCAAAUUGCAAAAAAUUGUCAUGGACUCCCACUUUCAGUCGUCACAAUAGCAGGAAUUCUUUCAAAUAUGGAGAAGAAAGAAAUCUUAUGGCAACAAGUCGCAACAAAUUUAACUUCUUACAUUUCCCAAAAAGCCGACGACUACAUUCCCACAUUGAAACUUAGUUACAUGCAUUUACCAAAUCACUUGAAGCCAUGUUUCCUCUAUCUUAGUGCAUUCCAUGAAGACGAGGACAUUCAUGUUCGGAAGCUAUUAUUACUAUGGAUUGCCGAAGGAUUCAUAGAGAAAAGGAGCACAAGACCUUAGAAGAAGUAGCAGAGGAGUAUCUAAUGGAACUCAUCAACAGGAGCCUGUUGCAAGUUUCCAGAAGAAGAUCUGACAAUAAAGUAAGAGCAUGGACUAUUCACGAUCUAGUACUUGAUAUGUGCUGGAAAAUAGCAGAAGAAGAAACUUUUCUGUUUCAACAUCAGUUCUUGAUAUCUAAGCAUCAUCAUCGCCUGUGUAUGAAUCAGUCUCAUCACCUCUCCAAGGCCUUAUCCGUUCUUUACAAUUCGGAAAAAAUUAGGAUACUAGUAGCUUGGUAUGAUGAAAAUGUUGAUCUGGGAAUCAAAAUUAUGCCUGACUUGAGGUACUUGGCAAUUACAUAUUUUGACUCAGCAAUAGGAAUGCUCCAGAACCUAGAAUUUCUCCGAAUAAUAAAUAUAUAUCAUCAAGAUAUACCAAUGUACCUUCUCAAUAUGCCAAAGUUGAGACAUCUAUGUGUAGGAGACCGAGUUACAAAGUCAAGAUUCAAUAAGGAUUGUGAUAGCUUCCAAAUAAACAACCUACAAACGCUUUCCUUUGUUUUUAUUUCAGAUUCAAAAGACGAAGAAAUCUUGAGAUGUUCACCAAAUCUUCGUAUGCUUAAAUGCAGAUUUUUUGGCAAGCGCCUUCUUGAUCUCAACUUUCUUUCUCAGCUUCGAUCACUCAAAAUGGUUUAUGAAAGUAGAUUCAGGGGUGAUUACAAAGUGUUUAACUUGCCUAGGAAUAUCAAAAAGCUUACCCUUUCUAAUGUUGGAUUGCCAUGGGAAAAGAUGUCAUUAAUUGGGUUAUUACCUAUAUUGGAGGUUCUAAAGUUAGAAGAUGGAGCCUUUGAAGGAAAAAUCUGGGACACCAAGGAUGACGAGUUCCAAAAACUCAAAUUUCUUAAAUUAGUUUCCCUAGAUAUUGAACAGUGGAAUUCCUCAAGCAAUCACUUCCCCGUACUUAAACGAUUAGUGUUGCAAUUUGUCCAAAAGUUGGAGAUGAUUCCUUCAGAAUUUAGCAAUAUUCCAACACUACAAAAGAUUGAGGUACGUUAUUGUUCUGAAAGUGUUGAAAGUUCAGCUUUGGAAAUUCGUGAAGAACAAAAGGAUUAUGGUAACGAAGAGUUUGAGUUGAUCAUACAGAGUCUUCGUAGAAAAGAGAGCAUCUACUGCAUUGGUGUAAACGAUGUAAGUCAGACUUCAUCUCAUAAUUUUUUUUAUGACGACAUAAAAAUUAUUUUUUACUAUCUAUUUGAUUACUUUUUUUAA